CACUCACUCGCGCAUGCGCAAUAGUCUACCGGCGACGGCUGUAGAAACGGUGGCCUUGCGAAUAAGGGGAUUAUAGAGGCCAAUUUGACAGGCUACACAAUGAGUCAGGGUAAGGACAAUGCACGGCUCAAGAGCUACAAGAACAAGUCUCUCAAUGCAGAUGAGAUGAGGAGGAGGAGGGAAGAGGAAGGCUUACAGCUGCGCAAACAGAAGAAGGAUGAACAGCUGUUUAAGAGGAGGAAUGUUGCCACAGUGGAGGAGGAUGGAGUGCUGGAGGAUGAUGGGAUGGCCGAUAGUGGCUACCUGGAGUCCCAAGCUAACAACAUGGACCCUCUCUCGGGCGGGGUGAUAUCUGAGGACAUGACUCAAAUGAUCUUCUCCAGUUCUCCUGAGCAGCAACUGAUAGGUACUCAGCGCUUCAGGAAACUUCUGUCUAAAGAACCCAACCCACCUAUUGAUGAAGUCAUCGCUACUCCAGGGGUGGUGGAGCGCUUUGUUGAGUUCCUGAAGAGGAGGGAAAACUGCACUUUGCAGUUUGAGGCUGCCUGGGUGCUGACCAACAUUGCAUCAGGUACAUCCCACCAGACUCGUGUGGUCAUCCAGGCAGGGGCUGUGCCCAUUUUCAUAGAGAUGCUCAGUUCUGACUUUGAAGACGUACAGGAACAGGCAGUGUGGGCCUUAGGAAACAUAGCAGGAGAUAGCACAGAAUGCAGAGACUACGUAGUGGAGUGCAACAUCCUGCCCUCCCUGGUGCAGUUAUUGGCCAAACAGAAUCGUCUGACAAUGAUGAGGAAUGCUGUGUGGGCACUUUCAAACCUGUGCAGAGGAAAGAAUCCACCUCCAGACUUUACCAAGGUGUCCCCCUGUCUCAGUGUGCUCUCAUGGCUGCUGUUUGUCAAUGACACUGACAUUCUGGCUGAUGCAUGUUGGGCGCUAUCCUACCUGUCGGAUGGUCCCAAUGACAAAAUUCAGGCUGUCAUCGACUCAGGAGUCUGCCGUAGGCUGGUGGAAUUACUGCUGCACUCUGAUUAUAAAGUGGUGUCUCCUGCACUGCGGGCUGUUGGGAACAUAGUCACCGGAGAUGACCUACAGACACAGGUGAUUCUGAACUGUUCAGCCCUGCAGUCCCUACUCCACCUGCUCAGCAGCCCCAAGGAGUCCAUCAAGAAGGAAGCCUGCUGGACCAUUUCCAACAUCACAGCAGGAAACCGGGCACAAAUACAGAUGGUGAUAGAUGCAGGACUGCUGCCUCCUCUCAUCACGAUCCUGCAAGUAGCAGAGUUCCGCACACGGAAGGAGGCGGCCUGGGCCAUCACCAACGCCACCUCUGGAGGCUCUGCAGAGCAGAUCAGGCACCUGGUGGAGCUGGGCUGCAUCAAGCCACUGUGUGACCUGCUCACACUCAUGGACUCCAAAAUCGUGCAAGUGGCUCUAAAUGGCCUGGAGAACAUCCUGCGACUGGGAGAACUGGAGGCCAAGAGAGGAGGAGGCAUCAACCCCUAUUGCGCACUCAUUGAAGAAGCCUAUGGGCUGGACAAGCUGGAGUUCCUGCAGGGCCACGAGAACCAGGAAAUCUACCAGAAAGCCUUUGACUUGAUCGAGCGCUACUUCAGCCCUGAAGAUGAGGAUCCAUCCCUGGCUCCUGCUGUUGAUCUGCAGCAACAGCAGUUCCUCUUCCAGCAGUGUGAGGCCCCGAUGGAGGGCUUCCAGCUAUAAUGCUAACCCCCUCCCACCCCCCAUGCUCCACCUUCAUCCUCACCUCAGACUCUCUCACUCUCUCUCCCUCUCUCUCUCUCUCUCUCUCUCUUUUUCUCUCUGCCCACUACCACAACCAAGGGCAAAAACAUCCCUAGGUUCCCUUCCCUACUCCUUCCCAUUCUCAGAGAGAUUGAUUUAAUCAUUAUCAUGAUUAUUAAAAAUGUAUUACAGGAGCACGUGUGUGCACGUACGUCCAAUGCGGGUUGAGUUCUGAAGUCUUGUCAGCCAGUUUGUGAAGGUUUCACUCACAUUAUUCUGUCUUGCGCUGAGCUCACCUCUGCGCUUAAUGCCUCAGCAGCACAACCCCAAGUCCCCAUCCCCAUCCCCACCCCACCCACCUGCCUCAGGCCUAGUAUCUCCCACUGCUUCCCAGAAGGUACCCAGCAGGUUGCACCCCUGUAACACAGUCCCCGGAUUACCCUAGACAAGCUGUCUACUUUUUGGACUUACCUCCCGAGCUCAUCCCAUUAUCAGAGGCCCACCCUCCUCUCCACGUUCCCGAAUGAGUGACGACCCCAUCUCUCCAAGUGAAUGGGAGUUAGGACUGCGCUGCUUGUCUGAUUGAACUGCAUUAAUGACUCUUGAGACAGACAAACAUGGACAUGAUUUUACCCCCUCCACCUCCCUAGAGAAGAAUGAUUUAACCUAAACACUGGACUGACCGUGAGACUCUGACCACAAGUGACUGUGGUCAUUGGACUGAAACGCCCCCAGCGGCGCAAUGUGGCCAGUCCCACCCCAAGGACUUAACUGACCUCUACUGAAGGCACUUAAACGACUGAAAAACGGAGGUGACUUCCCUUACCUCCUCUCUCUGGCCAUCGGUUGGUUGCCAUGGAUAGGUGACCUUAGAUGGACAAAAUAGGAAUUUGACAGUGUUGGCGAGGGGCAGAGCUUGUUAAUGGCAAACUAGGCUGCUUGCAUAUCCUCCUGGAUCCCAUAUCAUGCAUUCCUUCCUUCCAGUAAAGGGACUCUUCAACCACACAGGCUCCAUCCUUAAGAGUUUGGGCUGCCUCCUGCCUCUGGUGUGAUGUGCAUAACCCCAUGGAUCCAUGGGAAUUGGAGUCUUCCCUCGCACUGAGACAAUUGGACAGACUUAGACGACACAAAAUAGACUAUUUGACCCUGGAGUCUGUCCAGCAGCAGACCAGUGGGUAUUUUUAUUAUCUUAUCAUAAUUCCAUUUCAUUCGCUGCACUUUAGUUCAGGACUGAUGCCUGCUCAUUGAGAAUAUACAUUAGUUUUUUGCUCACUAUUUGAUCGGUUGAUGACACGGCUCUUCCCUCCUCAGGAAGUGAGGCGUAAAGGGAUGUGGUCUGUAUCCUCAGUCCUCUUCCAGUAUGACAGGAUUACAAUGUACCUCACUGUUUACCAUUCCCGCAACGGGACUUAAACGUAUUGUGGACAGAAAUUAACACACUAAUUAUAAUCAGUAUAUCAUGCUGUCUCAUCAAAGCUACGACAACUUUAUCCUGACAAAGUAAGUUCCACCAAUCAGACCCUCUGGAAAAUUGGCUAUUGGCAAUCGAAAUGAUUGGCUUCCCAGCGUAUGUUCAGGUUACAUUUUCUAGUUUGAUCAUGCCAAAUCAUUGACACCUACAAACCAGUUUUUUCUGUCAGGAGUGUUGAAGUGUUUUUUAAACCAUUAUUAAGUUCUUAUUUGGGGGGUAGAAUCUGUCAUUUUGCUGAUGGUGCCAUAAUCCUUAUUCAGAAAUCCUGCCGGGGAAUUUAAACAAAACAAAAAUUUAGAUUAAACUUGAAAAAAGAAAAAAACUGGUGAUUACAUUAGUUAACAAAACUGAAUGUUUGUUUACUGAGUCCUCUUUACAUUUCUUACUUUGUCAAAAAUCUCUGCAAGAGAUGACCAGCUCUUCAUGUUCAUUACUGCUAUUGUAUUGAGUUUGUGUAACUGUCCUCUGUUAUGCCAUUUGCAUAAAUGCUGUUUCAUGAACUA